UUUUAGCAUUUCUAUUUUCAGUUCAUACCUUGUAAAUUCUGUUUCCUGCCAAGGCAGGCCAGCAGCAUUUCAGGUGAGCCAGAGAACAAAACGGGCACUGGAGAAGCCCAGGCCACCCUGGGCCAGCUCUCCCCUCCCCACAGGGCCCCUUUGGAGGGACAGAGCCACCCUCACCCUGCCUUCACUCUCACAGGAAACUGAAUUUCCAUUUGAUGUUUCCCCUGUGCAUGUUCUGCUUUUGUUUUAGGUUGUGGAGGAGAAGAAGGAAAAACACAAGAGAGGUGCCAGGCAGAGCCCAGGCCAGCUCCCCCAGGAGGCUGCGGGGCCACGUCAGCUGCUGAACCCUGUGCUGAGAGAAGAGGCUGAAAUGCCACCCAAAAGGUGACAGAGACACAGCUUGGUGAGGAACUGUCCACUGGGCACACAGGGAUGCUCUUCCCGGUGCGGAUCCCUCCUGCCCACCCCUCCUGCAGGUGACCCCAGCCAGCUGUGACCCAUGAGCAGGACACAGGGGCAGGACUGGCAUUAAGUCCCCGUGAUGAGCCGCUGACCGGAGCCUCCCGCACGGAUUCCAGGGCUGGGCUGUUCCCUUUGGAUGCCCCUGGCUGCAGGACAGGCAGGGAUGGACGUGUUAUGAUGCCGGGGCUGAGCACAGAGCCGGAGCACAACCAUGAGCAACAGCUCCAACUGCAGUGAGACAGACCUCAAGCCCUACUACGCCGUCACCUACACGGUGAUCCUGAUCCCCGGGCUCAUCGGGAACACCCUGGCCUUGUGGGUCUUCUAUGGCUACAUGAGAGAGACUAAAAGGGCCGUGAUAUUUAUGAUCAAUUUAGCCAUUGCUGACUUGUCACAGGUGCUGUCCUUGCCCCUGAGGAUUUUUUACUACCUGACGGGCACGUGGGAGUUUGGAGGAGGUCUCUGCAUGCUCUGCUUCUACCUGAAGUACGUCAACAUGUAUGCCAGCAUCUACUUCUUGGUGUGCAUCAGCGUGAGGAGGUACCUGUUCCUCAUGCACCCCUUCAAAUUCAGUGACUGCAGGCGUGUCUGUGAUGUCUACAUCAGCAUUGUGGGCUGGGUCGUGGUCUGCGUGGGCUGCCUGCCUUUCCCACUCCUCAGGAUGCAGCACCAGGAGGAUAAAAACGCCUGUUUUGUGGAUCUUCCCAUCAAGAAACUCGACCUCCCCACCUCCAUCACGCUGAUGACCAUAGGGGAGUUGGUGGGGUUUGUGACCCCCCUGCUCAUCAUCCUGUACUGCUCCUGGAAGACAAUCUUAUCACUAAAGGAGAGGCACUCUGCUUCCCGGGACCUGGGCGAGAAGAAAAAGGCUUUAAAGAUGAUCCUCACCUGCGCCCUGGUGUUCCUGAUUUGCUUUGCACCUUACCACAUCAGCUUCCCGCUGGAUUUCUUUGUGAAAACCGGGCAGAUCUGGGAGGGCUGCGUGCAGAUCUCGGUGUUCCACGCCGUGGCUUUGUGCCUGGCCAGCCUCAACUCCUGCGUGGACCCCAUCAUCUACUACUUCACCACGGACGAGUUCAGGAGACGCCUCUCCCGGCAGGAUCUGCAGGACAGCAUCCAGCUGCAGCACCUCAGCUACGGCAGGAAGCACUCCAGGGACGUGCUUGGGGAGGACACCACGGAAUACUGAAUCCCAAACAGCUGCCAGCACUUCCACUGUUCGUUACAUUUUGGCCUUUGCCACAAUUUUUUUCCCUCAGGACACUGAGAACAACAAUUGAAACUUCUGCUUUCGGUGAGGGUUGGAAUAAACAAACAACCCUCACUCAAAAAUACCCAAACCUGAGCAAAAAUGUGUUUAUUUAAUAUUUCAGGUGCACAUUUUCACUGAAUAGAAAUAGGAGCAUUUCCAUUCCUCAGCUGGGUGGUCGGACCCAUGGGAGAGGUGACCCAUGCUCCUCUGUCACCUGUGGCAUCACCCAGCCACGUCCUGGCCAGCAAGAAUCAGCAAAGAUUCUGGGGUCUGGCUGUGCAGAAAGAAUUUUAUCCUAAAAAUCACUGGAUGCCAUAAUAUUCUGUGUUUCUGAAGCACAAGGCAGUUCAGCAGAGACUGAUUCUCCAGAGAGUGCCCAGAUCCUGCUCCAGCCAUGCUGAGCAUGGAGUGAGGAGCAGAAGGUGGCCCCAAAGGACUUCCCAUUUAAAUAAUUAAUGAAGCCUCAUUUGGGGGAGUAGCAAAUGCCAUCACCCCAAAUCACACAGCCAGGGAAGCUCCCACACACUAUUUUAACCAUCAGUUCCCCCUUCUGGGUGCAAAGACCAGGGUUAGAGCCAUGCCUUGGCUUUUGAGCCAUGGGGCUGUGCUUGGAGGGUUUUUAUUCAAACCAGGUGUCCAUCAAGCCUUUCAGGUCCUCUUUUCACCCAAAAUGGGGCAAAUUCUUUCCCUUUCACUGAUAACUGACCCACAGCCAUCACACCCACUCCCCAUUAACAGCAGCAGGAUUCAGAGGAUCCAAACCUUCCCAAAGUUUGCUGUAAUGGGAACGCCCUGGAAGCAAAGUCAAAGGUGCCACAAGAGAUUUUUUAAGAAAGGCCCAAAGGUGGAUGUUGUUUUAAUAAUAUUUGCUUUAAAUUCAAACCACAGAGACUUCAGGCUUGAUUUUGGUAUUUCAUUUGCACCUUCUUGUAAAAUGCUAUUUUUCUGUGAACAUUGCAAAUGUUACAUUAUGAAGUGCAAAAUACUGUGACAGUAUCAUUUUUUUAUUUAUGCAAAUGUUGGUUUAUAAUUUAUAUGAGGGAAAUACACAUUGUAGGAAAAUGAUGUGAAGCCCAGAGAGUGUCAGAACACAAGAAGUUUGUUUUCUUUUCAGAAGAUUUUUCAUAUAAUAAAAGAAAACUCCACCACCUCUUUCCCACAGGAAUCUGAGCCAGUGCCUGCUGGCUGAGCAAGCACUGAUAAUUCAUGGAAACCACAUUCACAGUGACAAAAAUAAUAUUUAUUUUUAUAUUUCCAGUUGUAUAUAAUAAAAUAAUAGUUUCUAAAAAUGUUUUUUAAAUGUAAUUCCUGGCUCCUUGUCCCCCCUGCAUCACCAAUACUCAUGAACAUGUGGCAGCACCUGGAUUUGAAGCCUCUUGAGCACCUGCAGAACAUUUUAGAUGCUUCCCUGAAAUUAUUUUACUCUUCUUGUUGCACUGGGGAGGAAAGCCAAGAGCCAGGUUUCCUGGAAUAACAGGAAUUCCUCCAUCUGCAGGAAUCCAGCCCAUCCCUGUCCCUUCUGGCCACCACGGGAGGGGACCAGGGUGGCCCUGUCCAGCCCCCCAGAGUCACUUUUAGCUCCUGAGGGGGAAAGGUUGUUACAUAAAGCGGUGUCAGAAGUUCAGAAAUUGUUCAGUGACAGAAACCCCAAGCGGCUGAAGUUUUCCACCCAGAAAAUCCCGUGGGUGCAGCAGCGCCUUCCCCCCCGCCACUUAUUCAAAUGAGUGCUAAUUAUUCUUUUUACAGGAAGUCUGUGCGAUGGCCGGGGUGGGUGACACCAGAUGAAUUCAGGGGACACCUCCCUGCCCUCCCCCAGGCCACCUCUGCCCCUGGUGGCUUCUGCUGGGGCCACGCUGAGGUCUCACAACCCCUGGGGAUGCUGCCACCAGCAGCUGCAGAAUGAAGCUGUUCCUUGGAUCAGCAGCAGGUGGAUUUUCAUGCCGUGGGUGUUUUUGCCAUGCCCUGUAUUUUUAGUGUCUCAGCAUCCACGAGCUGGACUCAAUGAUCCUUAGGGGUCCCUUCCAACUCAGAAUAUUCUGUGAA